CUCCCUCCGCGCCGUUAAAAUGAAACUCUAGUGGCCGGAGCCGGAGCCGGAGCUGGGACUGCAGCCGGGCCGGGGCCGAGAGCGGGCGGCGAGCCCGGGGUGGCGUACGUGUGGGGAGCGGAGGAGCGCGGCCAGCCCCCGCGGGACAGCAAUGUAUACGCCGCCGUGGGGCAUGGAGCGCGAGGACGGCGGGGAAGGCGAAGGCGAAGGCGGCGAGGGCGGCGAAGGCGAAGACUGGAGGGACGUGACCAUGCCCUACUCCACUGAGCUCAUCUUCUACAUCGAGAUGGACCCCCCAGCUCUUCCGCCAAAGCCGCCCAAAUCCUCGACUCAAGCCGGUGCCAAUGGGAUGAAGGACAGUUCGGGCUUUUCCCUUCCUGACGCAGAGUGGUACUGGGGAGACAUCUCAAGGGAAGAGGUCAAUGACAAACUACGGGACAUGCCUGAUGGAACCUUCCUGGUGCGAGACGCCUCCACCAAGGUGCAGGGGGACUACACACUGACUCUGCGGAAGGGAGGUAACAACAAAUUGAUUAAGAUUUACCAUCGGGAUGGCAAAUACGGCUUCUCCGACCCGCUGACGUUCGGCUCCGUGGCGGAGCUGAUCAAUCACUACCGUCACGAGUCUCUGGCCCAGUACAACCCCAAGCUCGAUGUGAAGCUGAUGUACCCCAUCUCCAGGUACCAGCAGGAUCAGCUGGUGAAAGAAGACAACAUCGAUGCUGUGGGCACCAAGUUACAGGAAUACCACUCCCAGUACCAAGAGAAGAGCAAAGAGUAUGACCGGCUGUAUGAGGAGUACACCAGGACCUCGCAGGAAAUUCAGAUGAAGAGGACGGCGAUCGAAGCUUUUAAUGAAACAAUUAAGAUCUUUGAGGAGCAGUGCCAGACCCAGGAGCGCCAGAGCAAAGACUACAUGGAGCGGUUUCGGAGGGAGGGGAAUGAAAAGGAGAUUGAGCGGAUAAUGAUGAAUUAUGAGAAAUUGAAAUCGCGUCUGGGCGAAAUCCACGAUAGCAAAAUGCGCUUGGAGCAGGAUUUGAAGAAGCAAGCUUUGGAUAACCGGGAAACCGACAAAAAGAUGAACAGCAUUAAGCCCGACCUGAUUCAGCUGCGCAAGAUCCGCGACCAGUACCUGGUAUGGCUUAGUCACAAAGGGGUGCGACAGAAACGACUCAAUGACUGGCUGGGAAUCAAAAACGACCACAUUGAUGAGGCCUAUUUUAUGAAUGAGGAAGAUGAAAAUCUGCCACAUUAUGAUGAGAAAACCUGGUUUGUUGGGGAUCUCAAUCGACUCCAAGCAGAAGACCUGCUCCACGGGAAGCCGGACGGAGCCUUUUUAAUUCGUGAGAGUAGCAAGAAAGGAUGCUACGCCUGCUCCGUGGUGGCGGACGGGGAUGUCAAGCACUGUGUGAUCUACAGCACAGCCCGCGGCUAUGGCUUUGCCGAGCCCUACAACCUGUAUGGCAGCCUCAAGGAGCUGGUCCUGCACUACCAGCACACAUCCCUGGUCCAGCACAACGACUCGCUCAACGUCCGGCUGGCCCACCCAGUCUAUGCACAGCUGCCCUCCCACUGCAGAUAGACGCGGGCCAGGAGCACGGCCGGGCCGCAGCCCAGGAAGCCAGGGGCUUUUCUACGGUUUUUAUCAGCAGGACAACUACGACAGCGGGCGACGAUGAGGAGGGCAACAAGGGCAUUCUUUCUACUUAGACUGCUUGUUUUGCACAAGAAGUGAUUCUGUGAAUGUGAAGCAGAGGGGCCUGGGGCCGGCCGGCCGGGGGUCAGGGCCACCUCCUGCCAGGACGCGGACACCCACCUGCCUGUGUGCUCCAAGCUCCGGGUGGGCAGGCUGGCUGGCUGUCCUUCUUGCUGACAUCAACGAGCGCUUUCCCUAAGGGGAAUAAACUGAGCUCGAACUGGAGGCAGGUAGACCCCAGCGGAUGGAGAACUAGGGUUUUGUGGGUGUGUGCACGUGUCCGUGUCUCCUGGGCUUUUUACUUUCAGCAGGGCACCUUCGUAGAGCCGUGUUCAGUUUGGGGUGGGCUGGGGGCUGACCAGCACAAAGCCUCUGCCCAGAUGGGAGGGAGGGUUCCGUCUUCUCCUUCCACCUCAGAGCCUGGGGGGAGGCAGAGUUGAUACUGCCGCUGAGGGUGGAGGCUCUUGACCAGACACAUUGUCAGACAAACCACUGCUGCUGCUGCUGCUGCCAGCAGAAGGAAUCGGGAGAGUGAGUUGACCAAAGGAAAAUGGGGAACCUUUCGUUCCUUUUUCAAAUGUCAGAAACCUUACGAAGGAGUCCUCUAAGCACAGUGGCUUUCUUUUGUACCGAGGGCAAAGCAAGCCCCAGCAACAGCAGCAGCACACACAGGCACUCCCUCCAAGAAACUUCCUCACUAGGGCAGAACGGAGCCCAAUCCCAAGGCCCUAAGGACCCCAGCCUGGGCAAGUGUUCCUUUCCACACCAAAACUUGAAAGAAAAAAAAGGAAAUGGGAAAGUAGAUGUGGGUAUUUGAGAUCCCUGGUGUUUGGCACCAAGCUUCUGGACCUGCUGAGGGACCAGAGAGCUUUGGGCUUCCCCAGGGACCCCCAAGCUCCUCCUGGGGCCUUGGCAUGUAAAGAAUUGCCCAUCUGAAAUCCCUGUAAUUCAUAUGUAUGAAGACAGUGCAAUGUUGUGCUUCCUGGGGGCUGGAAUAAACCAGAUACCUGCAGAACCACCCGCCUGGGCUGACCUCAUGGCAUCUCCUCAGAACCUCCAUUAUGGCGCCUUGGUGGAAGCGGCGGCUCUCAGUGAAAACCCAGCCCUUCCAAGCAGAGAUCCCAGGCCUCGGAACAGACACCCAAGGACCAGCCUGCUUGGCAGUCCCUCUUCUUGGAAGACAUGGCCACUGGGAAAGCAGAGGGUCUGUCUGGUUUGCUUAUCACCUCCUUUCCCUCUUUAUCAUUUCAUGGGCCCAGCCAAGUGCUGGAGGGAGCCUCUAGUUGUCUUUGGUUUGGUCCUUAGCCCAAAGACCGUCUGGGACAUUAGGGAAUCUUUGGUGACAGAGCCCUGCUGGGAGGCCCGAUGUGCUCACCCCCUUCCUGGGCUCCACACAGCCUCUGCUUGCCCCUGCCCACCUCCCUUCCUCUGAUCCCCUCGCCAUACUCAGUUUACUUUGUUGUGGGAUCCUCUGGCCCCCAGCUCUUGUCCCUCAUCCCCUGGUACAGCCAGGCAGGGCAGAGCCUCCCCCAGGGAGGGCCUUCACCAGGCCAUGGCAGCAGAACACACUCAGCAGGCCCUGCAGUGUCCACAUCUGAGGAGUUUAGAGGGAGGCCUUAGCCCUGGCUUCUUGGCUGGCAAUGCCCAUCUGUGUUUCACAACCUUCAUCCUUUCAAGGAAACAUUUGGUGAGCUGAAAAGCAUUCAGGACCACGAUUUUUAAUCUUAUUUCUAAUUUCUGUGGUUGGGACCUGAUGCAAAAAAAAAAAACCCCAAAAACAAACAAACAAACUUGGUUUCUCACAGCCCUCUUUUACAUAAGAUUUCAGCCUAUAGGCUGGGGGCAAGGGAGGUCACUCCCAUGUCAUUCUUACCUAUUUUCCCAGGUCUGGCAAUGGAGGGGGACACAGACAACCACCUUCAGGACCAGCCCAGAGGCCCCAGACAGUAGCAGUUUGAUGUGCUGGCCAAGUAAGGGACCUUUCGCCAAACCUAGCUCACGGCUCCUAGGGUGUGGACGCUGCAGGAGGCACUGAUCUGGGAGGGUGGAUGGGUGCCACAGAAGAACACUUGUUUUGGGGGAGCAGGAAGGAGUCUUCAAUCUUAUGGGCGCUUUAUCUGUGCUUUUUUCAUGACUGUACCUAACUCAGCCAGAUCUGUGGCCCAUGUUAUGGACAAGGAAGCCUUUAAAAGGUACAGAUGGCAGUGUGCGGUGUCGGUAGGGCUGAGAGGAGGAAGGGCCAGGAGUGUAGGGAGCGCAGCUUGGAAGUGUUCUAGGCUAUGUCAUUAGAGCCCUCUCUGGGGAGAUUCACUGGAGACAGAUCCUCCUCCCAGCUGCCCACUGAGCUUCCAGGCCCAGUCUCCACAUGCGUCCUCAAUCAGCAAGCCCGUGAAGGGGCCACCAGAAGGCUCCUUGACGAAGGGCCCUCACCUGCCUGCCUGCCUGGCAUCCUGCAUCUGUGCCUUCAGGGAGCAAGUGUGAGAUGGGGAAAGUGGCCCAGAUAAGCACUAAGCCUGUGCCCUCUUAGAAAGAAGAGCUGUGGGCCUGUUCUUGGCUCUGACUCCACUCGGCUAACGGGUCUCCUUGUGCACUGGCUCCUGGCAAACAUCUGGAAGAGUUCCCCGGCAGCAGGGGCGGAGGGAGACUGGAGGCACGGCUCUCCUAGCAAGAGCUGGCUGCUGCCCGUCGUCUUGGGCCGCUGAGCAGGGAGAGAAGAACAGGGAAGUCACGCCAGCAGUAGCAAGGGCCGCGUCGGCGGUGAAGUCCAUCUUUGGGAUGAGCAAGGCCAGCAUCUGUUGGGGAGGCUCAGCCUGGCUUUGCUUGACUGCAGACAAUGCAUCGGCCUCCAAACAGUUUGCCUCUGGGAUGAAAGGUGCAGGUCAGCGGGCACUGGCCAGAAAGGAAGCCACCUUGACCUUGCUGCUGUUCUCCACCGGGAGCUCGGCUCCUUGCUGCUAACCCCGUGGGGCCAAGGUGUGUUGGGCCAGUGCUCGGAGCUGUCUGGUGAGGGAGAGUCUGAGAGAGGUCCUUGGGACGUCAGUGGGAAGGCCAAGCUGCAGGAAGAGGAGUGACCUUGUGGGUGCCUGACUCAAGCUCUCUGGGCUGUCGAGGAUGGCUUGGAUGAGGCUGAAGCGAUCUCCAGCUUCUCCUGGCGACCGCGGCAGGACCCACCGACAGAAGCAACGCCCCAGAGGGGGCCAGGGGAGCUGAUAUGCCCAGAUCAGUGCCGGCCAAGCAAGGGCAGCUUUGACUGGGCCCCAGGGGCCCUGGUGAUGAGCCCAGUCAGGGUCAAGGCAGCUGUAGAUCCUGUCCCCCUCCCCCCUUUGGCCUAUGGUGGUUAGCCCAGGACUAGCCCGCUGCGAGGCUCAGUCUUUCUACCACAGCACUGGCUCCUUUCCCCACCAGAAGAGCCCACCCCAGCCUGUCUCCACGGGUAGGUUGUGCACAGAUGGAACUGGGCUGUCCUGCCCCAGCCCUCCUGGCCCCCAGGAGGGAGAGGAAGAGGCAGGAGGGGAGAGGGCUUCCUUCCCUCCCACCCUCCCCCCUCCCUCCCGCCCUCCCUCCCUCGCCCCCCACUAGAACCGUCGUUUGCCUGGGUGAAUUCCAGCAUGUGACUCCAGCGCCCUGUCUCCCUGUUGUUACUUGUGUAAAACCUCUUCUGUCUUCUUUGAUGUAGUCAAGAGAAAUUCAUGUAGUUAAUGUGAAAAAGGAAAAUGCCCAACUGCUUCACAAGAAACCAGUCAGUCAUAUGUUAGUGUGCGUGGACAACUCCUGCUGUGCGUGCGUAGCUGCUAGACCGGUCGUUACAGUUGUAUUUGUCCCCACGUGUGCGUGUCGCGACAGCCAGGGGAGGUGCCCUUCAGCCUUUGGGCCAAUUUGCUCCAGGUUAAAAUGCAAUAAACAGUUGCAAUAAAGCACA